ACGCGGUUUUUGGAGGGGGCUCAGGAUGGCGAGGCCGGGACGGUCGUGGUCAUUCCUCCUCCUCCUCCUCCUGCUGCUGCUGCUGCUGCUCGGGCCCUGCCACGCCCCCCCUGCCGCCCCCCCUGCCGCCCCCCCCUGCGGGCUCCGCAGCGUCUCGGUGGGAGUGGGGGCGCUGGGGCUGGGGUACCCCUCCCCCGAGACCAUCGUGUUCCGCUACUGCGGGGGGGGCUGCCCUGCGCCACCCACCCUGCACGGGCUAGCGCUGGGGGCCGUGCUGGGGCCGGGGGGCCCGGGGGGGGGUCCCUGCUGCCGCCCCACCCGCUACGAGGACGUGGCGUUCCUGGACUCGGGGCUGCGCUGGCAGCGGCUGCCGCAGCUCUCGGCGGGGGCCUGCGCGUGCCUGGGGUGAGACCCCCCCCUCAAAAACCUCCUUAGGCCCCCCCCCCCCCACCCCUUACCUGUCAGAAGUGCCUCCCCAAAAUCCCUCCCUGAACCCUCCCCAAAACUCCUCCCCAUCUGUUGGGGGGGGGGGUUUUGGGGGUCCCUCCACCCAUCCCCCAAAAGCACCCCCUGGCUGUCAGCUCAGAGGGAUUUGGGAGCUCUCCUAAAGGCUCCUCCUCCAAGCUCCCCCAAAACA